AUGGCCGCCUCCACCCUCACGGAGGACGAGGCCGAGCUCAAGGAGGGGAGGGACCCGGAGGGGAGGGACGGGGAGGAAGAGCGAGUACGGGGAGAAAGGCCGCGGGACCGCCUCGCGUCACUUCCUGUUGUUCUCUGCAGGCUCCGUGCCAGCCCGCACCCGCACCCGCACCCGCACCCGCACCCGCACCCGCACAGCGGCAUCGUGGCGUUCCUCCGCACCCGGCCCUGCACCUGGCCGUCUCUGUCACGGGUGUCUGUGGAAGUUUGGAAACAACAUAUCUUGUAGUGUGUUCUCCAGAUAACUCACCUUCCAUCCUUGGAAAAUGUGUUGGAGCCUCCAAAUAAAGCACAAAGUCUUCAAUUAGAUAAAGUGGAAGCUCUCACUAUAUCAGAUACUUGUCUAGACAUGUCGGGAAGUGAGAAAAGGACUGAAGCACUUGAGGCAACACUUUAUCUGAGACUGUUGCCCAAUGUUACAGAAGAAUUGUGAUGACUACGGAUUCAUGUGGCUAUUGCAUCAGACCCUCGUGCCUACAGGUUACAAAAACAGUGUGGUAGCGAAACAGGGGUCCUGAAGACUCUUGAGAGCGCUUUGCAGACCAAGUCCUUAUUACAGGGACAGGCAGAACAACUAAUCUGGUUUCUACUGGAGCUUCCCUCUGAGCUGCCUUUGGCACCUCACCUGGGCACAUUUAUCACUAAACGGUCUGUGUCAAGCACAAGCACAGAUCAUUCCCUUAUAAAUAAUUGA